CACUUUUUUCCCUUUUUGCCCCCACCACCUCCUCCUCUCCUUUCUUCUUCCUCCUUCAUCCAUCAUCUUCUUCAGAUAAGCUUCCCCUUCAAUUCCAACUUUCUCUCUCCUCUUUUUUUUCCCCCAAAUUUCCUCCAUUAUCCACUCCCCUCGAAUUUCGCAACACAAUCUUAGGGUUUCAUCUAAUCACUCCAAUUUCACCCCCAAAAUCUUAUCCACUAUUAAUUUCACCCCCAAGAAAUCAUGAUGAGAUCGCAAGAUCAUCAACAUAAUCAUAAUCAACAACAACAAUCUAGGGUUUUAUACGAAUUAUCUUCUUUAGUACUCAAUAUCAUGCGAUGUCCUCCUUCACCGUCAUCGAUUAAUUUCUCCGAUUACUUUCCGCCGUUAAAUUCUCCGUCAUCUUCUUCCGCCGUUAGGGUUCCGUCGCAAAUAACACCGGCAGGAUUUGCGUCGUUGAUGUUAGGGAUUUCGUUGGCGUUGAUGCUUUGUGGAUCGGUAACUUUUUUCAUAGGGUUUAUGUUGUUACCUUGGGUUAUUGGGCUUGUUAUGGUGUUCUACUUUGUGGGCCUUGUGACUAGUCUUUCUGUUUUGGGCCGGACUUUUCUCUGUUAUGCUACUUCUUCUUCACCUUCUUGUUCUUCUUCACCAUCUUCUCCCACCAAGGAUUUUCCAGCAUGGAAGUUCUCGUAAAGAUGGUUAGUUUUAAUAGAGGCGCUAUCGCGACGGCAGAGACGGGUGACCCUUGGGCUGCCUCUCUUUUGAUGUCGAGGAAAUUGCUGUGGGCCCGAAACAGAUUGGAAUUUGGACCUGUGGAAGUGCCGGUGAUCGGUUUAUGAUUGUUACUAGAACUUGUGGAUAUGGCUUCUUCAUUGAAUAGGGAGACAAUUUUCUUUUUUUAGGUUGAGAGUUGCCUACUACAGUGGAUAAUAUACUAAUGUCAAGAACAUAGAUGGUUCUUUUGUGUUGAAACUGUUAAUUUUCCAUAUCAUAACCAUGUUGCUCUAUAUGAUGAUCCCAAUUAUGUAAAAUUAAAGCCGUAGGGGGCAUUACGAUUGUAUUUGGCUUCUUGUUUCAAUAUACCAAGAUUAUUGAGAAAAAAGAAAAGGUCAGGGGAAGAACAUGUUUCCAGAAUACAGGAAAUCUUUUGAUGUACA